AUGUUCAACCUGGAUAGUGGCCAAGAGGGUCAGAUAUGCCAGGUUAAGGCCGUGGCCACCACCUUCUCUACUCCGCGAAACAGUCCCUCACGAUCGCCCCCGACGCUCGACUGGAGUCAUUUCUAUGGCGAGCGAGACAAUAGCUGGAGGCAGUUGUCCAGGGAGAGCUGCGACUUUGGGGUCAUGGUUUCAGCAACCGUGGAUGUAGUCGUAGCCUUCAACUCCCAAAGUCGCAAUCCAGAUAACCCUGCAACCCCAGAUGGAAGACACACCCACCGGAAUCCUCAGCUUCGUGCAGCGAGGCUGAACGUAUACAUCCUGACCGUAGUGUCCUCCUCCCGCCUUUGUGAAGGUCCCGCCCAAUCCCAAGCCCGCCUUAUCGUUCCGUCUUCAGCGAGCCGCCCUCAGCCAGUAAGCUUCAUAGCCCAGCGUAAUGCAGUAUGCUUCAGACCUGUUCCUCAAGCCUCGACCGUGAAUUUAAAAACCGUGACCAAAAAGAAACGCCUAAGCCCAAAGAUUCUGAAUGGCUCUGCCUGCCUCUACGACGAGUUUCGAACGGUGAAGGUGGGCGUUGUGUUGUGCAGAGAAAUGCAAAGUCCACUCAUGCUUUCGAAAACAUACGGCCGUUCACGAAUACAAUAUGUUCAAGGACGAAGGACGUUGCGGGCGACAGCGAGGACGAAUACCAAAAAUCAAGAGUGUGGAAGAAAUGAAACCGGAGUCGGAGAAAGAAGAUCUUCGAGGGAGUGGCUGAAGCGAAGCGUUUUGGAUGACAAACUUCCCAAAAGUUGGCUCCAUCAAACAGACUCUCAGCUCACUGCCCACUCGUUGCUUUUGGCGUCCGCUUUCCACCUCUUCGAUUACAAGAAAGCGUCAGGAAGUAGCUUGACCCUCCCUCCCGAAGACGGCUGCUGGCUGGGCGCCUUCCACCUCACGAAGAUCCGGAUCCCUGCUAAGGAUGAAGGGUUGACCGCGCACGUUUACCAACGACGCGACACCAGACACAUUCUCAAAUGGCCUGCCAAGCUUGCGUUCUAUCUGUGA